UCUCAGAGAAAUUCAAUUUGUUUGUUAAAAAUGGUGCGCAAAGAGUUAGACAAGAGGAUCCGCACGUUAAUUGAGACCGGAGUAAAACAGGGACAUCGAUCCAUGUUUGUAGUUGUCGGUGACAAAGGCCAAGAUCAGACUGUCAUCCUGCAUAAUAUUUUAUCAAAGACGACCGUCAAAUCAAGACCCAAUGUCUUGUGGUGUUAUAAAAAGGAUUUGGGGUUCAGCAGUCAUCGUCAAAAGCGGAUGAAACAAAUGAAGCAAAAGAGGAAGCAGGGCAAAGUUGAUGUCAAUGAAGAUGACCCAUUUGAACUCUUUAUCCUUUCCACAUCAAUCCGUUACUGUUACUAUGCAGAGACACACAAGAUCCUUGGUAACACAUUUGGAAUGUGUAUUCUUCAGGAUUUUGAAGCCUUAACUCCUAAUAUCCUUGCAAGAGCCAUUGAAACAGUGGAGGGAGGUGGUCUUGUGGUUCUCUUACUAAGGUCCAUCAACUCACUCAAACAGCUCCAUACUAUGGCCAUGGAUGUUCAUGCAAGGUAUAGGACGGAAGCACAUAAUGACGUGGUUGGCCGGUUCAAUGAAAGAUUUAUUCUAUCUUUGGCCUCCUGUACUCGCUGCUUGGUUGUGGACGAUCAGCUUAAUAUUUUGCCCGUUUCGUCUCAUUCUUUUGAGAUUAAAACUAUGCCUGCAGUUGAGACUGCCAACGAACUGAAAGAAUUGAAAGCCAGUAUGCAGGAUACCCAACCCGUCGGGUCACUUUUGAAUUGUUGUUGCACACUUGAUCAGGCCAAAGCUGUUCUCAAAUUCGUUGAGUGUAUUUCGGAAAAAACAUUGCGCUCGACGGUAGCAUUAACAGCAGCACGUGGACGUGGCAAAUCAGCAGCUUUGGGGCUAGCCAUGGCAGCUGCAGUAGCUUUUGGUUAUUCCAACAUAUUCGUUACCAGUCCAAGCCCGGAAAAUCUGAAAACUCUUUUUGAGUUUAUCUUCAAAGGCUUUGAUGCACUACAGUACAGCGAACAUGAAGACUACAGCAUUACGCAAUCGAGCAAUCCAGAAUUCAAUAAAGCAGUAGUGCGAGUGGAUGUUUUCCAUGACCAUCGACAGACCAUCCAGUACAUCCAUCCAACAGACGCAGCCAAACUUGGUCAAGCAGAAUUGGUGGUUAUUGACGAAGCUGCAGCGAUUCCUCUACCUCUCGUUAAGGCCCUUCUCGGACCCUAUCUUGUUUUCAUGGCAUCUACGAUAAAUGGUUAUGAAGGGACAGGUCGAUCUUUAUCUCUCAAGUUGAUUGAGCAGUUGAGAGUGCAGAGUCGACCGAUGGGUGCCUCUACUAAACAGAAAGAGGUCGAUUCUAAACUCGUAGGCCGCAGCUUGGCUGAGAUUACGUUGGACGAAUCAAUUCGUUAUCGCAACGGAGACGCCACCGAAGCUUGGCUUAAUCAUCUUCUAUGCUUGGAUGCAACUUUGGCUCCUCCUAUUCCGGCAGGUUGUCCGUCCCCUGAAAAUUGCGAUCUUUACUACGUUGAUAGAGAUGCGUUAUUUUCCUACGAUAAAGGGUCGGAAGCUUUUCUUCAGCGAGUCAUGUCGCUGAUGGUAUCAUCCCAUUACAAGAACACGCCAAAUGAUCUUCAGAUGCUAUCAGACGCACCAGCCCACCAUCUUUUCUGUUUACUUGGACCCUUGUCUUCAUCUGGAGGGAAAACGCAUGAAGUGUUUUGCGUCAUUCAAGUCUGUCUAGAAGGUGAUAUUUCCAGCGCAUCCAUCAUGCAAGGCCUCGCUCGAGGCCAGAGGUCCUCUGGUGACUUGAUCCCAUGGACUGUGGGAACCCAGUUCCUCGAUCAGGACUUCCCAAGAUUGUCAGGUGCACGUGUCAUCCGCAUUGCAACGCAUACAGAUUACCAAGGGAUGGGUUACGGAAGCCGUGCUUUGGAUCUGUUGGAGAAAUACUAUGAGCAAAACAUGAUCAAUAUUGAUGAAAUGGAAGAGCCUGAACGCCAAGGACUGAAGAUUGUGAACGAGGAAACGGCUGGGGAGCUAGGAAAAGAUCAAGGGAAACCUAGAAAGUUGAAGCUUUUAUUGAAGCUUAGCGAAAGGAAACCAGAACGAUUAGACUACCUUGGUGUGUCUUUCGGCUUAACUGGCUCUCUGUUGAAGUUUUGGAAGAAAGCUGGAUUUGUACCAGUCUAUAUCAGACAAACAGCAAAUGACCUGACGGGAGAACAUUCGUGUAUCAUGCUGAAGGUUUUGCGCAACCAAUUAGAUGAUGCCAUCCCUACCGACAAUCAAUGGCUCCAGGCCUUCUGGUUGGAUUUUCGCCGUCGUUUUAUCUCUCUGUUGGGAUUCCAGUUCAGAAAAAUGAGCCCAGCUCUUGCUUUGGCCAUUCUCCACAACAAAGCUGUCAAUGACAACCAUUCUGAUAUUUCACGCCAAGAACUCGAGUUACACUUAAGUCAGUACGACCUUAAGCGGCUCGAGUAUUAUUCCCGCAACAUGGCCGAUUAUCAUCUUAUCAUGGACUUGUUGCCGAAUGUCACCAAAAUCUAUUGCUUGGGUUCCAUGGGUGACACUCACUUUUCAGCGGUUCAACUGACUAUCUUAAUCGGUAUGGGAUUGCAGUACAAGACUGCCGAUGAAUUAGCUGCGGAACUAGAACUACCAAGCACUCAGUUAUUGGGUCUAUUUAAUCGAACCAUGCGUAAGAUUUCGCAGUAUCUCUCUUCAGUUGUCGAGCAAGAAGUAGCUGCUGCACUAGAAUCGAAAUCUGGCAGAAACUUGGUGUCAUUCGGACAGCCUAUUGCCCAAACUUUAUCAGACGAACUUGAUGAGGACGCUAAAAAACUGAAAGAGAAGCAGAUGGAGGAAUUGAAAAAACUGCAACUCGACGACCUUUCUCAGUUUACAAUCAAGGGUAGCGAAAACGAAUGGAGCAAUGUUUUGGCCAAGAAUCCGAAAGGAAUCGUCAGCUUGAAAAGUGGUGAGAAAAGACGACUACUUGAUGCUGCUGAAGAAACUAACGUCGAAGACGAAACAAAGCCAGACAAAAAGAAAACACACAAGAACCAAAGUCAAAGAGGCAAAAAGAAAGUUAAGAAGUAGGCUCUUUAUUUCUCCUUCAGGUCACUGGUGUUGUCGGGGGCAAAUAUAUAUGCAUAUGUAUUUGGCACGCUAA